CCCCAGACCUUCUUUUGACUGUUUAAUGCGCUCUUACCCCUAAUAAGCCUACCUACAUAUCAUAAGUCUCUAUACCAUACGUCUCCCGAGCCACUACACCCCACACGUACCCACGUACCUACCACCACCAUGCCCACAUUCGUCACCCGCGAGUCCUACGCCUGCUCCCACAGCGUCGAGACCUCCAAAGUCGUUCUCGGCACCGACGCCGCGACCAUGAUCGAGACGAUACCGAUCCCCUCGCAAUGUCUACAGUGCGUAUGCCGGUCUCUCCUCGACACCGUGUUCCCCCUAGACGCAGACGACGAUGACAUCGGCAGUGACAGUGACAGCGAUGACAACGACUCAAGCCAGUUCCUAGACCGCGUGCCCCUGCUGCACAUGAGCGAGCUCGUCGAGCACCUUCAGACGCUGAUACGGAAGCAGCGGCGCAGCAUGGUGGUGGGAAAGAGGGGUGGCUACGCGGCGGGGGUGAAGCAGAUGCGCGAUCUGGAGAAGCUCAGGUCGAGCGUGCUGGCGCCGGCGGAUGCAGGUGAGUUCCGGGCUACGCUGCUUGCGCUGACGGGCUUCCAGUUUGAGGUUGAUCCUUGCUUUUUUAUUUAAUGCCUAGUUUUAGUUAUACAUAUAUGGACGAAAUAGGGUGUAGUAAAACACUUGCUUCGCAUAGAGCAUGUCCUCUGGGGAUUAGGACGAGGUAGGUUUAACUCGUUUAGUCGUAAUAAAUCAUCUAUGAAGCACUUUCAAGUCAAGUCCUCUAUGUGAAAUAAAUUAGUUCCCAUUCCAAACACAUGCGCCUCGUUCGUUGCCCGAUAGGCUCAUAUCGACCUAC